AUGGCACCUGUCACUCGCUUCGCAGCCAGAGACCACGCCACAGGCACGCCCCAACAACGGGACAACAGCCUGAUCCAUGGCAUCGCCAAACCGGCGGGAAUCCGCAAACGACCAAAGCCAGAUAAGCCAGAUAAACAGACACCCCUAGUAGAGAACACCCCAGAUGAUCUGGACACAACUCUGCCAACCUCAAUGUCACCAGACAUGGACAUGGACCUGGACAUGGAUUUGAUAGAUAAUCCACCACCAGCUCUCCCAGAGUCCCGGAGUCCGGAUGGGCAGCUGGACCAUGAACUGACAAGCCAUGUCAGUACUAUCCUACAAGCCCGGGCUACAAGAGAAAGGCAAGAAGAUGAGGACAUACUGGAGAUUCUAUCCCUACUAGAUGAGAAGAUCUCCUCCAUGAAACAAAAAGAACAGCCUAGAGCUCUUUCCUUUGGCAAGGCUCUGCAUACAUUCGUGCAGAGUUUUUUCAUCCAAUCAACUGCCAAGAUACAAGACCAAAGCCCCACAGUCAAUCCAGCCCCAGCUAGCCGCCCCCAGACAUACGCAGCUGCCAUUGAGUCCAAAUCUGACAGCAAGACCACAAGGAAAUCAUAUACCACGCCCCCUAAGCUAGGAAGACCUCUCCGCCUUUUCCUCCGGCUCCCAACUGAUCACCCUGCCCGGCAGGCCAGCCCGUAUGCAGUACUACAGAAGCUGCGGAAUGAUCUGGGCCCAACAGCGACCAACACCAUAAAAGAGAUUCAACAUAUUCCCACAGGGCUUGCAAUUGGGCCUAGAGACACCCAAAGCGGACAGAUCCUGCUCGACAAGAAGGAGGAAAUACAACAGACAAUCCAGGGCUCUAAUGCUGAGCCAGAACAGAAGUGGGCCAUCUUUGUGAUUCCAGGAGCUACUAAACAGUAUAUGGGCUAUGAUGGCUCGGUAGUUGCAGUGUCAGAGCAAGCAGCAAAAGAGGAAUUCAAACUGCAGACUGGCACCUCACCCCUUAAGCUACACUGGUCCAGAAAGAGCCACAUAUCUAACACAGAUAACACAGCAACAAUUGUUCUGGCAGUUCCGGAGACUGCGGCCUCAAGAAUCCCACAUUGGAUCCAUUUCUUUGGCAAGAACCUCCGCAUACCCCAGGACAUGCACUCGACGACCUAA